AUGCAAAGCGGUGGUACGAAAGAGACCAGCAGGCUCCUCAUCACCUUUGCCCGAAAGGGCAGAUGGGAGGGCGACGCAGGCAUGAAGCAGCUCCUCGCAGAGGCUGUCAAAAUGCACAUCGAUCUAGACUAUUCUGAGAAGCCAUACUUCCGGUCCGCCUUGUGGGAGGCAACAUGGAGAAAUCACGAGGUCAUUGUCAAGGCCUUGGUGGAGAAAGGGGCCACUAUCGAUUUCAAGGACUACCAGGAGCGGACGCCACUACACGAGGCGGCCUACUACGGCCACUUGAACCUGGUGGAGUACUUCAUCGAGAAGGGCGCUCCUAUCAACGUCCUAGACAAGUUCGGACAAACCCCCUUGUUCAGAGCUGUGGACGGCGGCCGGCAUGAAGUUGCAAAGUUCUUGGUUGAAAAGAAGGCCGAGACCAAUUGGCUGGACAAUGACCAGUGCUCCGUGCAGCACUGUGCAGCAUUUCAAGGUUUCCCUCAGCUUUCUAGCUGGUUGGUCUACAAAGGAGCAUGGAGGAAUCGCUUUGCCAUCGAAGGGGUGGAUGAGGCCGAGAUGCGCUUCACGGGCCCCGGGGAUGGCGAGCGCUCAGAGGAGCGUCAGAGGCGCCAGCAGGGAGUUGAGGGCCAUUGCGGCUUGCGGGCCUUGCGCUUCGGACCGACGCAGCCCUCGAUGAGAAAGAAUAGGUCGAACUCCAUCAUCGGAUGCCUCGAGCGCACCGACCGGCAUUGUUUCACUCAGAUGUCUUACAUUCCAAGCCGAAAGGAGGCUGUUAGAUGCGAGAUGGCUCAGGUGACGAGGCCGAGCGAGGCAUGGCGGCCUCCAAGGCCUCCCGGCCCUCCCGCCACCCUGGCUGGACCGCCACAGACGCUACGAGCUCCAUGUGCAUGUCCUCCAUCUACGGUGCGCCCGCGACCUCCGCCUCCGCCUGGCACCGUGCGGCCAGCACUCCCUUCAAGGACCACAGUUUCAAAGACCCGGGCCUCAAAUCUGCGGCAAGCUGGCACGACCACCAUGAAGUGGUAUGCUGGCCGUGACAAGCAUCCAAGUGCAGGGUACACCUUUGACGCCCAGAACCUCAGCGAGGAGGAGCGCCUGGAAAAGCAGCUGCAGCUCGAGGCCGAGUGCAACGGCGUGGAGUCUGGCGGCUAUGUGGCCGCAGAGGCUCUCAAUGAGCAUCCUAGUGCUCUUCCAGGCUUUGAUCGCAGGCUCUGGUCCGCAGACCCCUUCUAUGCUUGGAGAACUCAGGAGGAGUUGCGCGAAGAGUCCGUAACGUCCAUGCCCAUGAGAGAAAGCAUGGGGCCUGUGCCCCACGUCCUGCGGGAUGAUUGCCGGCCUGGCCGCCAGGAGGCAGCACAGCAUUCUCCCCCGAUAGAGCCGCCGAAGGAGCUGGCCCAGGAGCCAGCUUCCUGGGUGCAUUGGUUCCAGGCCAGGGAAGCCACCGCCUACGGCCCCAAAGCCUCAACCUCGGCCAUCGGCACCGCUGCCUAG